AUGCUAGGCCAGCAUCUACAAGCAGCCUCAUCCUCGUCGGGCAAAGGUACCGACUCGACUUUUGCCAGUCUGACCGCUCUGCUGGCAGAUCCGAAUCUGUCGAUCGACGUGCGACUCGUGGAGCGUCUUCAAGUUGCUGCUCUUCAGGAAGCUGUCAGGCGGCAGGUGACUAAUCGAAACUCGAACGAAGAAGUCGGGCGUGCCGGGUCGAAAAAAGAAGAGGACGCGGAGAAGGAUCCUUACACACGAGAACUCUUGCAGGCUUUGCAGGAGGAGAAGAGUAGGAAUGAUGUAGAGUGGGAGAGGAUACGUGAGGUGAGCGGCACUUGCAUAAUACAACGUAUCUGCCAGAAAACUGCGCUGACAUCGACCCGCCCACGUUAUCGGCGCCGGGCGGCCAGGGUCUCACGCGUCUAGGCAAGGUGGAUCCAUCAGAAGUGGGCAUGGACGAUGAGGAGGAUGUGUGGGGUGCUAGCAUGGAUGACUCGGCGGUUGAGAGGCGGCAAGAAAAGAGCCUCAGAGACAAAGAGGUGAGAGCAGGUGUACAAGACUUGCGCAAGCGUUGAUAGCGCGCCUUCUCACUGAUCCAGCCCCUUUUCUUUCUCGCCGCUAUCAUGCAGCUUCAAGUUGAUAUGCUGGACGCCGAGAUCAAAGCGCUUGAGGCGGGUGAGUCUGGCAGAGCAAUGGUAGCAACAUCCAUCAAAAUGGCCUAAAGGCCCAGGCACUGCCCUCUGCGUCCACAGAAAUGUCUGUGCUACCGACAUCCACAACGACGCUGGCGCAGACCAUAGACCUGAGGAAGGACCUGUAUGCAAGCAUCAACCAAUUCGAUGAUGCCUUGAUGGAGCUGCGUGCAAGAGUGGAGAGAGAGAGGCAAAGCUGUGAUUCGUGAGUAGAGAAGAGCGCUCUUCUGUCAAGGCGUGCUUGACCGUCAAAGAUCGCUUGUGCCGGGCUGACUAAUGACAACAGUGACCGCAAGCUGCUGUCUGAUCUGCAAGCCGUGUCCCAAGGGUUGGAAAGACGAAUCGCCACAGAGAAGGAGAAAGCCAUUCUUCUGACCCCCGAAGAGAUCUCAGAGUAAGUUUGGUGGACCGAAAGCAGACCAAUUGGCUCCAACUGACUCAUCAUCUGCGUCACGAUCAGCAACCUUCGGAACAAGAUUACUCGAGUGGAGGCCGACUUGUCGCUCCUCCUCAAUACGCUCAUCUCCACUUCCAAUGGACUCUUCACUGAGGCAAAUGCCCGCAUGGGCGCUCAGCUGCGCGCCUUGCUGGACGUGAGUCUUCGGUCAUGGCUGCCACACAUCAGACCACGAACUUCAGAGCUUGAAUGCUCAAGCCUCAAGCGAUCUGCGUCGCUCACCCCCAUUACGUUCGCCCGCGCAGACGCUGAUGAACAAGGCGUGGGACACACCAGCAGAUCCCUACGUGGACGUGAACAGGCGGUUUGCUCCGCCACUCGUCGCUUUCCUAGUCAGAGCCAACAUCGCUCUUGAACACCCCAACGAUUCAAGAAGGUUGAGGCUGGCCAACUUCCAGCUGCCUGCAGGUACUCUAUCCUAG